AUGGCUCCCCUCUUCCGAGCUGACCAGAUCGGCUCACUCAUUCGGCCCGCCUUCCUGCUCGAGGAGAGGGGUCCUUUGGGCUUGUAUGGCAGCAAGUUGUCCGAAGAUCAGGCUGCUGUCACAUCUGCUUCAAUCAAGUACGCCGUUCAGAAGCAGCUGAAACUCGAAAUCAGGCCCAUCACCUCUGGCGAAUAUGAAAGAACCAUCUUCUUCAGCGGCUUGUUUGAGAAUAUUGAGGGGAUGACAGUUAGGAACGAUCUCAGGAUUCCCCAAGACUUCCGACCCAACCUACCUACCUUCAUCGGACUUGCUAAGAUGGGAUACAAUCACUUCUCCGCUGUGCCCGCCACGGGAAAGAUCAAGUUCGUGGAUUCGGCUUACCUUCCUGCUUGGGAGAUGAUUAAGAAGACAGUCCCUCAAGAACGCUGGAAGGACUGUAAGAUGUCCAUACCGUCCAUCUCUUGGCAACACAUGUACCUUGCAAACGGCACAGCGUUUGCCCCUGGGGUUUACACUUCUGACAAGGACUAUUUUCUCGACCUCGCGGCAGCAUUUCGUUCAGAAAUCCGAGCUCUCUAUGAUGCGGGCCUCAGAUCGAUACAGGUAGACGAUCCAAAUUUAACUUUCUUCGUCACAAAGGGCUUCAGAGAGGGUCUUAGGGGUGAUGGCAUCGACCCUGAGGCCCUGUUGGACCUCUACAUUUGGGCGCACAACCAGGUCUUGAGGGAUUUACCAACUGACUUGCAUAUGGGCAUUCAUCUUUGUCGCGGCAACAUGCCUGGUCAGCCGUCUUUUGCCAAAGGAUCUUACGAAAAGAUUGCCGCCAAGGUUUUCCCCAGGCUCAACUACCACACGUUUUACCUAGAGUUUGAUGACCCUCGAGUGUCUGGACACUUUGAUCCGUUGAGAUUUGUUCCCAAAGGGAAGAAUGUGGUUCUUGGCCUCGUUUCAACAAAGGUUGCAGACCUUGAGAACAAGGAGGCAUUGAUCAAGAGGGUUUAUGAGGCUGCUGGAGUUAUGGCAAAGGCGCAAAGACGGAACGUCUCGGAAGUUCUAGCAGACUCACUCGCUUGCGGCUUCGCUAGCUUCAGUGUCAACCAAGGUGCAACUACUGAGGACAGAAUGUGGGAAAAACUUGUCCUUGUUAGAGAUGUGGCGAGGUCUAUCUGGAAAGAUGCUGUUUGA